AUGCCCGACCUCAGGCGAGCUCGAGGCCGACGGCCUGGACUCGCGGCCGGCGGCCGAACUCCAGGCCUACGCCGGCGCCCAGCGAGCGCAGGCGGCGGCCGACCUGGGGGGGAAGGAGAGGAGCAGGUGAGGUUCCUCCUGGAGCUGCCCGCGACCCAUGGAGGCAGGCCCCUGUCCCACCAGGGCAUCGCGUGGCUGCUCGGGAUUCCAGAGGAGGAGGUCGCCGCGUUCGCCGCGCGCCGCUGCGGCGUGCGGGCCACGUUCCAGCAGCAGAUGCGGGUCUGGGUGCGCCGCCCACGGGAGGCCACGGUGACCCUGGAGCUGCGCGAGGGCUCCCGCGGCGUCCCGCUGGGGAGGUCCAAGCUGAACGUGGCGCAGCUUCUGGACAGGGAGGAUCAGGAAGGAGCCAAAACACACGAACACACAAUGAAUCGUCGAUCCCCCCGAAAAGAUGCGAAACUACGGGAGGUGGGGGGAAGGACGAAGGCCCAGAACAUGUGA